GCGUGACACAUUCAUAAAUCAUAAAUAGAAAAGCAGAAAAGAGCGGCCGAAGACAUCACAGGUGGCGGGGUUUCACAUAAAGCCAAACGCUCCCUCCGCCACCUUCGGCCAUGUUGGCGGUAAACCGCUAACGCCGCCCCCUCUCUUUCUCUCGCUAUCACGAGAAAGCCGAGUAAGCAAACCCGACGUCAUCAUCAUUGCCUUCUUCUCACUCAACACCUCAUACGCAUAUACUUAUUGGGAUUCGAAAUUUUGCAUAAAAUUUGGAUAUUUAAAAUUUAGAUUCUGUAAGGGAGUAUUGAGGAUUGAGUAUAAUGGAAAAGGAGAAGAAGAAGUAUCCUAUAGGAGCAGAGCAUUAUACUCUGUAUGAGGAGAUCGGGACGGGUGCCAGCGCCUUGGUUCAUCGAGCUCUCUGUAAUCCUCUCAAUGAGAUUGUUGCAAUCAAAAUUCUCGACUUUGAACGUGGCAACUGUGAUCUGAAUAACAUUUCAAGGGAAGCACAAACGAUGGUUCUGGUUGACCACCCCAAUGUUCUUAGAUCACACUGUUCCUUCGUUAUAGAUCAUAAUUUAUGGGUUGUAAUGCCUUACAUGGCUGGAGGUUCUUGUCUACACAUAUUGAAGGCCUCACAUCCAGAUGGUUUCGAGGAGGUUGUCAUUGCUACAGUUUUGCGUGAGGUGUUGAAGGGAUUGGAAUAUCUUCAUCAACAUGGUCACAUUCAUCGGGAUGUUAAAGCUGGAAAUAUUCUCAUUGAUACCCAUGGUGGAAUCAAACUGGGUGAUUUUGGUGUUUCUGCAUGCUUAUUUGAUUCAGGUGACAGACAUCGCAUGAGGAAUACAUUCGUGGGGACUCCUUGCUGGAUGGCACCGGAGGUUAUGGAGCAAUUGCAUGGUUAUGAUUUCAAAGCAGAUAUUUGGUCUUUUGGUAUAACCGCUUUGGAGCUUGCACAUGGCCAUGCACCUUUUUCAAAAUAUCCUCCAAUGAAGGUACUGCUUAUGACCUUGCAAAACGCUCCACCUGGUCUUGAUUAUGAGAGAGACAAAAAGUUUUCUAAGUCUUUUAAGCAGAUGAUUGCUAGUUGUUUGGUGAAAGAUGUAGUCUUGCAAGGUGGUAUUGAAAUAUUCUGUGCCAGUCAGUGCGCAGAAUUUGAAGUUAUGGUUUAUAUGUGGAAUUUGGAAAGGAAGUUCGAUGAUGUUUUGCAAAUUCAUAACUCUCACAUUGAAUAUCAAUUGAUGUUUUAUUCAAGAAUUGUAAAGGAAGUACAUGUUUCAAAUAAUAGAUUACAAGACAAAUUUGGGACGUGGAGGACGGAUUGUAAUGUGAUAGACUCUGAGAUUCGAAUACUUCCUUUUCCUGCAACGGAGGAGAGUGAGCCAUCUGCAAUUUUCACUUUAAUAUUUCCAGCACAAACGUCUUUUGCUGUUGGGAGGAAGAGAUAUGUUUUUCCGAUGGUCGGUUUCAUUGAAUUUACGACUUCUCUGCAUCCCAGACAUCUUUUGCUGUUGGGAGGAAGAGAUAUGUUUUUCCGAUGCAUAACGGAGUCGGUCGGUUUCUUGGUUUUGCCGUGUAGAAACACAGGUAGAAAUUCUGUUUAUAUAAAAAAUGGCAGGGCAGAUAGUAUGUUUUUAGAUGUCAUAGCCAAAGUUGGCGACUUAGACAUUUUCCAGCACUUUCUCAUCGAAAAAAGAGAGUUGAAGCUUUGUAGAUGUUUAGAGGGCUAUACUUUAUCUAAGCAUAUCUUUGCAUUUAAACACGUCAGAUUGCAGCUAAGAUUACUAAUGCGUGCACUUUCUGGAUUUAAGGUUCUGUUUGGGUUUGUUCAGUUACAAAGCUUAUAUACAUUGCAUGUCAUAUUUUCCUCGACAAGUUUCUAUUAUUUUCUUUUAUUCUAUAGUGAUAAACUCCAAACUCAGCCCCAAAAUUUUUCAAGUUGCAACGGAUCCUCCAUUCCUCAAACGGUAGAUGAUGCGCAAGCGGAAAUGAUUUCAAAAGCAAACAGUGAAGAAAUUGACGAGAAGGCAAAACGGCCGGUUGUUCAACAAAAAGGACGUUUUAAGGUUACAUCUGAGAAUGUUGAUGUAGAAAAGGUGGUUCCAGCUCCAAUGCUACACAAAAGCCAUAGCAUGCAGGUGAUAUCUCAGCAUCCUGCUAUUUCUCCACCAUUGCUACUUGAUGCUCCACCAUCAAAUCCUCUUGUUCAAGCUCUUUUUCCUGCGUUGCAGUCUGUUUUGCAUACAAACAUUCUUCAAAGGGACUGUAUUCUUAGUCUCAUGAAGCAAAUCUCUGGAUGUGACUCUACAGCCUUUUCUGCAGAUGCGACGAACCCUGGUGUGGCGGAUAAAUCUUUGCUGGAGGUAGCUCAUGAUCGGGAAAAAGAAUUGCUUCGAGAAAUAACUGAUUUACAGUGGAGGUUUAUAUGCGCCCAAGAUGAGCUCCAAAAAUAUAAAACAGAGAACGGUCAUAUCAACUCUUGAGCUACGCUGGCUAGACGGUAAUCUACAGAAAAUACCUGUGGCACAUAGCUAUGGCGGGGACAAAAUCCUCAAAAACUUGCAAUAAAUAAUUUUGGAGGAACAGAAGUUAACAUUUGUAUGCUAGAUUGAAUGAACAUUAGAAGUUAACUUUCACAUGUGCAGUUCAUUUCAUUUUUCUAAGUUGAUUAUAUUUUUAUUGCUCCGUCAAACACAUGCAAACUCCAGCUGUUGUGAUAAUGUAAACCAUCACCUUAUUACAUUUAAUCACUUCAAUAUAGUUAGUUUAUGAAUUGGA